GAAUUGUUCUUUUCGAAGUGUUUGGAAAGAAGAAUAGUUCUUGCACCGGAGUGAGGAGGUUUUUCAGAUUUUCGCUGGAAUGACUGCUCAGCUGUUUAUCGGCAGCCUUUCACGAGAUACACAAGAGAGAGAUCUUGAAAAUGUAUUUUUUAAACACGGGAAACUGCUUAGAUGUGACUUGAAAAGAGGAUUUGGUUUUGUGGAAUAUGAAAGCCCAAGGGAUGCAGAGGAGGCAAUCAGAGCAGAAAAUGGGAGAAGACUGUUAGGGUCAAGAAUUGUUGUUGAAUGGGCCAAAGGAAGCGUUGGCGACAAGGCUCCACGACACAGAGAUCGCUCAAGGUCUAGAGACAGAGAUUUUGGAGCAAGACCACCAAGAAGAAGGAGCCCUCCAAGAGGUGGAUUUGAAAGGGACAGAUCCCCUCCUCGUUAUGGAAAUUCAUUUGAUUACCGGGACAGACGCAGGAGCCUCUCUCCGCGACGCAACUUUCGCGAUGAUCGUUUUGAUCGCGAUCGGUUCGGUGGCGGUGGCGGCGGUAGAUUCGAACGGGAUCGCGGCACGGAUAGGCGCUACGACCGCGAUCGUUUUACAAGAAGAUACUGAAACAGCACACCUAUCAUCCAGCAUGUGUAUAUAAGUUGUAAAAGCUGCGUUUGUGAAUUUGACUUUCAAGUGACUGUUCCUGGAUGUUAAAAACCGAUAAUACGUAGAUAUUCGAACAUUUAGCUAUAGACAGCAUAUAAUUACACUCGUAUGUAAUGUUACAGGAAAGAGUUAUAAUGCUAAGAGGCUGUGGGGUUCCAAGGCACAGGAAGGCCUACCCCCCCCCCCCUAUUUUUUAUCCAAAAGUUGGCCACUUCUUACGAUAGUAUUCAUGUAUCUUUGCCGGAACCCGACUUGCUCUUUCAAUAGCACUACAUCUAUGUACCACAUAACGAUUUUAAUAAGAUAGUGCUUUAAAAGCAAGGGGUUGUAGCCUAAAUAGCCGCCCCCGUAACCUAAUAGGCAUAACAAGAAAAGUUAGAACAAGGAAAGCGUAGAACAAGGAAAGCGUUUUCAUCGUAGAAAUGAAAAGCUGUGAAUCUUUUUUUGGGAUUUUGCGCUCUCUUGCGCGUGCUAAAAUACUACAAACCUGUUGGUGGAUCGUACAAGUUUUUGUUAAUUUGUCAAUCAAACAAAAUAAUUGUAAUGUCAGCCAAUCCGAUUUCUUGAUGGUCGUCAUCUGAUAAAUGCAAUCUGUGGUGCGAGCCUAAAGAUAAUGUUUUCACGCCUAACCCACUGUAAUUUCUGAUGAUCAUUGGGUACGGUUGCCAUUAGAAGAUUUUUUUUAAUUUAGGAAUAGUUUAAGCAUAAAGAAAGGGGAAUAUGAUUUUGCUGAAUAAAAUGCUGCAAUCCUAUUGUAUCGUUGCAUUUGUUGGAAGUUAAAUCCUAACGUAUAAAACAGUUCGCCAGCGUUUUUAUUCAUCCUUUUAAAUCGUCUUCCAUUUCUUUUAUCUUUGAGUAUAUCUUGUAAACCUUUUUGUGUUUGUAAAUGUUCUGCUGAGGUAACGAGUUUCGAACCACGUUUUUGGAUUAAUUAUUGUUUUUAAUUUCACGUUCAUAUUCAAUUUUUACUGGCCAGUGCAAGAAAUUUGUUUUUUUUCGUUACUAGGAAUAUCAAAUAAACAGGAAGAAUAGAUAUGAAUUAUCUGCCUGCCCAUAACUUUGUAGCAUCGAAGAGAAUCGCAAGAGUAUGGCAGGAGAGUCGUUUGAUAUUUCUUUGUGGUUUGUUUCUUUGGAUUAUCUUUUGAAAAUGAAGUUUCUACUGCAAAGGACAGUUCUUGAAUCUCUAAUAGAAUUAUUUUUUAGCAAAGUCGUUUUCUACCCUCAAAACAGGAGUGGGCUAGGACCUUAACGAUGAGUUUAUAUGUUUACUGUUUCUUUCUGAAAACUGUAGCUGUAUGCCUCUUGAAACACCGUGAUGAUCUUUUCAGGAAGAAGAAGCCUCGACUAAGAAUCUUCCUCUAAUGCUGAAAACGUGAAAACCCUGUUGAAGAAAUAUAGUACAUGAAACUUUAAAAAAGGAGAUGUUUUCUACAAAUUUUUGUUUCGAAACGAAUAACUCCUUAAAUUUGUACAUGGCAGAAUCUGCUAUAACUUUUGAAAUCUAAUAUCCAGUGCUGAAGAAAUUUUUCUUCACUUUAUUCAUUCAAAUAGUAAUCUAGGGUUGUAUCAAAUAAAGACUAUCGGACAAGGGAGCAUGGCAAAUGUCAACCACGGUCCUGUGAUGCCGGCUAAUCUUCUUCCAUAUUUAGGAUAAAUUAGAUUUUUUAACCUGCACAGCAAGACCCGUUUUGGAGCGUUGAAUUGAAAAGGCUUUACGUUAUGCUUGUGCGUGCCAAACAAAAGAAAUUUGUUGAUCGCACCUCUGCUCUUAAGAUGUUGCCGAAUUUUAACUUGUUAUUCAAUACGGCGCGAAUGUUUAGCACAUUGGGCAUUUGUUUAGAAUUGACUCAAACACGUGAGUGCAUCGGACACCGGCAUUAGGCGAGGAAAUUGCGAGGUAUUGAGACGCUUUGGAGGCGCAAUAUUGGUAAACAACAUUGCCAUAACUACAAGUCAAAAAAUGAUUGGAAUGAACUCUAUAGUGUCUGAUUUUCACAUGACCAUUUUCUUUUGUUAUUGUCGGUCCUUGCUGAUUCAUUCAUCAAUGUGUUUUCAAUGCGUUUCUCUCAAAUGCUGCAAUUCUUCACCAGCGGGUGUUCCCUUUUCACGUGGCACUCGCCAUAUUUGCAAAUUCUGCCCAUAUUAGGCCUAGACCACUCACAUGUUCAAAAUAAGAUCAUGGUCUAUCCACCGAAUAUGAUUGGUCUAAACAAUCUACUUCCGGUACAAGGUCAACAUGGCCGUCUGCUUGUCCGCCAGUCAAAACAAAAGUUGUUUUUACGUUAGUAAGCGACACGUUGGAUAUAGCGAAGUAAGAGGAUUUUAAAUUUCAAGGAAAUUCUGCAGAACUUUCUUGGUUUUACUUUUGCGACCUUGAAGAUCAUAAUUAUUAGAGUUUUGAAAAAAGCAAGAAUCAACGAUGAGUGGGAUUAAUUUGGCUCGAAAUCUGCAAAAGAGUGGUGUUUUACAAACACGAGGCGUGGCUUUUGAGGCUGCAACUAUUGCAGCUGCUUCAAAAAAAGUGCACAUGACGCUAUCAAAAUUAGCAUCUGGUAUCUUGUCAUCUCCAAACUCGAUGGAGUUUUCUCUUGAUGGGGAAGCAAUAUCAUAUAAACCUCCAGUGUUUGCAAUAAACGCAGAGAGCUAUGAUGACUAUGCAAUCUUGGAAUCUGCUCGUGCCAAGGAGCUUCACGAUAGUCUACAAAAUGUCUUCACACUUCGGCCUAGCAAAUCAGAACAACACGCCCGUAUAUGAAUUCAUCCACACCAGCAAUUAUUUAAACGAAUGCUUCACAGAUAAGACAAUAUUUUGCUGAGAAACAAUUGUGUGUUGCUGGGGUGCUGGCUUUUGGCAGUGGAUCGAAUUGUAAAGAUCACACAAUUAUCACAAUGUUGGGUGUUGUAAAAACAAGGGUUGCAGAGGUUUCUCUGGAGUUCCAGAAAAUAUGCUUCCUUGUCAGUGUCUAACAAGAAUGGCAUUAUGACUCGUAGGCUAGACAUGGGCAAGGACCAUGGAAAGAGGUCUGGGAUUUUCAACCCAUGGGGUUUUUCAAAAAUGUACUUAAUAAGACAAUACCCCCCAAAAAUAAAGUUUCAGCCCCUCCCCUGCCACGCGGUCUCUUGACAUUGGAGAAGCUGGCACUUGAGGACUCUUUGCCAAAAAUCUCUUCACUAUUAGUUUUUAACAUUGCAGUGCUGCAUGGCUUCUGUUGAGAACCACAUUAAACAAAAGAACCAUAAUUUCCAAAGAACACCCUUAUAUUGAUUCUCCCUACUUGCCACUUAAACAUAGAACAAGGAGGCAGAGCACUUUUGCCAUAUUAAUGGGCUUCUUGCUCAUUUUGGUUUUGAACAGUUAUAAUGGCGUAUUAGGUCAAAAUAGCCGUAAGAUUUUCUGUCCCUUCAUCUACAAAACUUAUCUCGAAAUUUUAGAGACGAAUGUCUGUCUAUUUUUCGUGAUAUGCAUGUUUUCUCUUUUGCAUUUUUGUGAAAGUUAUAUUCUUGAUUGAUGUAUUGUUUGUAUCUGUUGUCGAUGUUGAAAGAUUUUAGAUUUAGGCCAAAUAAUCAGGAAAAGCAUCAUGAAGAAGCUCUAAGUGUGAAAGUCAGUUUAAUGUUAUACAAAGGGGCUGCGAUAUGGCCAGCAAUUUCCCCCUUAAAAUCACAGCAGUCGUGUAGUAAUUAUGUCUCUGUUCUUAAAUUACCAUAUUAGACCCGAUAUAUUGCAUAUCUAACUGAUUUUGCACUUACAGAGGUUUUCAUAGUGUUCUGUCUGGUUAUUUAGUCAAAAGUCAAAAUAUUCCAGAACAUCUUUUUAUGACGUCACACUUAAGAGCUCUACAUCAACGAUGCGCACGUUUAGUGGAAGCAAAGAUUUGAAUUUAUCCGCAAAUAGAGCUUUGGCAAUCGUUGUCACAUCGCUCGAAUCAUUAGAUAACUUUAAAACUAAUUUUAAUGCCAUCGAGUUGAAUUGAGAUAAGAAUAGCUUUCCUACAUAGAAACUGUUCUUCGUAUAUCUUCAUAUAAACUAUUCGGCCAUGGCCUAUUUUGGCUCAAUAACUACAAUGCCUGCCAAAAGUCUUGGAACACUGACGCGUCAAUGACGUCAAUUUUCAAGGUCAAAAUCAAUCAUCCCCCUCUCCCCUUCAGAACAAUGUUGGUUACUAUCAAACGGGUUAGGAUUUUAGGAAGCACUUUCUUUUGCGCUUCUUCUAUGAUAUUUCUCUAAAUUAUCAACAUUGUUUUAGGGGGGAGGGGGCGGAAGUAGUGAUUUUUUUUCAUGAAAGGAAUGAAAGAUAUCAAAUGCAGCGUAAAUUGCUGGGUGUUCCAAGUACUUUUGGCAGGCAUUGUCAAUAAGAUAACUAGGUUUAUUGUCCUUCUAAACAAAAAUAGCCUUUGGUUCUUUCUCCCUGUAAACAAUCCAACUGACACGCCGGAAACGGAAGGGGGCUAGAGGACUGUAGCCCCCCACUUUUUUGCUCAGGUAUGAUACUAAGGUUGUGCCAUCAGCGAUAAUGGUGGCAAACUACCAUAUAAGUUUGCUAACUUGCCCUCAACUUCAAAAUAUGCUCCAGCGUCCCUGUCAAAACAGUUAGUUACUCGCCGUCAAGAACAAUGUACUUUUUUCAGAAACAGGCCUUGCUUGGGUUUAAUGCAUGUGGUAGCUGCAGGGUCGAAUGUUCUUGCAUUAGGUUCUUGUCUUAAACGUAAAUUCUGAUGAAUAACUGGGUCAGUGCUGCACCAUGUUAUUUGAGUGAACAUUAAAGUUGGCAAUUUCUCUACAAUUUAGCCAUUUUAGCUUGAAGAAAUUCUGACAGCCUAUAAACUGCACAAUAAAAUUCUCAAUGUGGAAAGUUUGAAAAAGACUCCAAGCCCAAGUCUCUCGCUUCUUUAUAUUUUGUACACCUCUUAAAAAAGACAAAACAUAUUUAACCAUACGCUUGUAUACAUGGAUACGAGGCGAUAAUUUGUAUCUAUGUAAUAGUUUAUUUGUUUCAAAAUUUCGCAUAAAAAACUGUAGAUUAUUGCUGUAUCAUAGCUUAAUGUUUUUGUUUUAUCAGAUUCUCGAAUAAUAGAA